UUCUCAAGUAUCACCGUUGCCCUCCAUCUGGACCAACAUGAGGGGCCUAUCCACUGACUGGGGUUGGGUCGCAGGUCUGGCCCUACUUUGUCUGAUCCCCUUGGCCUUGGGCGAUGAUGAAGGCUCCAGCUUGGAAGACAUCUCCACGGUGCUGGAUAACGAGGAAGCGAUCACGGGCUUGCGGAUGUGGCCGCCUAACGGAAAGCGUAUGGCCAGCGAGAACGGGGACUACACCGUUCGAUGCCAAUACAACGACUCUGAGGCCCAGAUCAAGUGGUACGAGGUCCCGGACGAGGGUAGCGAGCGGGAGCUUACCGAGGACGAGGUCGAGAUCGAGAUCAAUCCCGAGUCCAAGUCGUCUACCCUCACCGUGCCCCAGGCGAUGGUUAAACGCGGGUUGUACCGCUGUAAGGUGGGCGAGCAAGUGGGCGAAUUCACCUAUGAGAGCUUCUUCAAGUUGGUGCCUUUCACCUUGUCCAACACGGUCAUCGAGAAAGACGACUUGAAGCUCUUCUGUCGCCUCAGACCCGGAUCGCUUUCGGACGGGUCACCCCGGUUCAGUUGGUUCAAGAAGCCCGAGGGCCAACCCGAGAGCGAGGGCGUGCCCAUCAAGACCAAUUCCUCGGAUACCAUCGAUGGCGAGCCCCACAUUAAGAUCAUUCAAGUCGAGGACGAUCAGUCCAUGUUGAAGAUUGAAGACGCCCGCUACUCGGACCGAGCCAUCUACGGCUGUAAGGUUGAAAAUAGCUACGGUCAGAUGGUUACGGCGCAAGCGCUCGUGCGAGUCAAGGAUAAGUUGGCCGCUCUCUACCCGUUCAUUGGGAUUGUGGCUGAGGUGAUCGCCCUCUGCCUCGUAAUCUUCAUGUGCGAACGUCGGAAGACCAAUGACUGUGACGACGAGGAUGACGGAAACGAGGAGGAAGAGUUCAACGGCGGCACCCCGGCUCACGGCAACAACAGCAAUGUCCGUCGCAGGAACUAAUUAACCAGUUCUGAUCUCGACAGCCCACACUAGUCAUCGUCAUUGGGAAGAACCACCCUUACACCUAGCUUCCAUGAGUCGUUCCUUUCGCAGCUGUCCGAAGGCCAUAGUUUUGAAGCCAUCUUUUACUCAUGCUACCGCACAUUAAAUUAGAAGAAUUGUCGUUCUUAUCCGUUUCGUUUCAUGAUUUCUUCCAUGUCCAAAGUUUAAGCGAAUGGUCGUAAAAUGAGCACGUGGCCAGAAGAUCCGCCGAGGUCGGCCCAACUUGGAAAUCGACGCCAUACGCUAAACUCGUGUGCUCCUCGUAACGAUCCAAAACUUUGAGUUGGGACUCGAUUUGUUGAACCAGCGCGAAACCGUUACUCAUGCAAGCCGUGACAUAAAUGUCGGCCAAAGUGGCUUUUUGUUUAAUGCGCCAGACGCCACCACCCAAGUUCAAGGAAUCCCGGCUCUGUUUCAUGUUUCUUGAAUCCCAAGUGUAGAUGGACUCGUCAUAACUGAAAAAGAGUCGCCACCAUAUUCAGUUGCAUCCUUGAGUAUUGGAUGAAGUGGGAUGAAAACUUUACACAUGUUCAUAACUCAGUUUGAUUCGUUUCCAUAAAUUUUAUUGGAAAAAAUAAAACCGAUUUCUUAGAA